AUGACCGUCACAUACGAUACACCCACCCGGGGGUCACAUACCUCCAUGGCAACCCUCGAGGACCGCUUCGAAGUCAUUAAGGAGAUUGGUGAUGGAAGCUUCGGUAGUGUUGCCGUCGCACGCGUACGGACCGCCGGUGCUCAUAUCGCUCGCAGAGGCACUAUGGUUGCAAUCAAAACGAUGAAGAAGACAUUUGAUUCCUUGGGUCCAUGUCUAGACCUGCGAGAGGUCAUCUUCCUCCGAACAUUACCCAUUCACCCCCACCUCGUCCCUGCCCUCGACAUCUUCCUCGACCCCCUCUCCCGAAAGCUUCACAUCUGCAUGGAAUACAUGGAUGGCAACUUGUAUCAGUUGAUGAAGGCCCGUGACCACAAAUACUUUGAAGGCAAGCACGUCAAGAGUAUCCUUUACCAGAUCUUGUCCGGUCUAGACCACAUCCACGCACACCACUUCUUCCACCGCGAUAUUAAGCCCGAGAACAUUCUCGUGUCAACCUCCGCCCCCAAUGAUUCCGCUUUCAGCCGCUACUCUAACCUCGUCACUCCUCCCUCCACCCCUCCUGUCUACACUGUGAAGAUCGCCGACUUUGGUCUUGCUCGUGAGACUCACUCCAAACAACCAUACACUACAUAUGUCUCCACGCGCUGGUACCGCGCACCUGAAGUGCUUCUACGAGCAGGAGAGUACUCGGCCCCAGUCGACAUGUGGGCAAUGGGCGCCAUGGCAGUUGAGAUUGCCACGUUAAAGCCCCUGUUCCCGGGAGGCAACGAGGUCGACCAAGUUUGGCGUGUGUGUGAGAUCAUGGGUAGCCCAGGCAACUGGUACAGCAAGUCGGGCGCCAAGAUUGGUGGUGGUGAAUGGCGUGAAGGAUCGCGCCUGGCUCACAAGCUCGGUUUCACGUUCCCCAAAAUGGCACCACACGCGAUGGAAUCUGUGCUUCAGCCCCCGAUGUGGCCCGCGGCAUUUAGCGAGUUUGUCACAUGGUGUCUCAUGUGGGACCCUAAGAACCGCCCAACGUCUACCCAGGCGCUUAACCACGAGUACUUCGCCGAUGCGGUUGAUCCGGUGCGGCCCAAGUCCUCCACCUCGUCGAGACUGCUGGGCCGCAAGCAGUCCGAGAAGAGCUUCAGGUCACCAACUCUUACCCCUGGUGACUCUCCUACAUUGUCGUCUAAGCCUUCAUGGUUCCGGAGAUCAUUGAUCGUUCGGUCAGACAGCCCUGUACCUACUGCAGAGGACAGCCCUGCCCGGCCAGCAGCUGUUACUCAAGUCACUGUGCCUGAGAUCCAGCCUGUCAAGCCGCGUCCCGCGAACACCAAGCGGGCUACCUGGGCAAACGGUGCACCGAUGCCAAUCCUCCCUUCUAUCCGCCCUGUCUCCCCUCUCUCCAACUCCGUUACAGCCCAGGCGAACGCUACUAUGGCGCAUAGCGAGGCUUCCAAGUCCUCCGACACAUCAGCUAGCUCAAAGAUCGGCCGGCAAUUGUCCCUCAACUCCCAUGGGAAUCACUACUCGGACCAGAACCGUCAAGAGGCUGAAAGGAUGCUCAACGGUUCCGGGACUAACACUCCAACCACAAAGGAGAGUUUCUUCUCGCAUCUGCGCAAGCGCGCCCGCAGAUUGUCUGGACGAAACCAAGCAGCGCCAGCUGAUGACGUCGAGGCUAACGCAGGUUGCAUCCCUUGGUCGAACCGUUCCUCAGUGGCUCUGGAUGGGCCUACUAGUGAACCAAAGCAAGGUUCCGACCUGAACGAGCUGGACAAGGCUCUUCAAUCUGUCAAGUACGCAUUGGACUCGUCCACACUGAGCAAUGUCCCGGUGCACUUGAACAAUUCCGCAGACGGCCACACCAAGCGUCAGUCAAUGCCUCAGGCCACCGGCAACAACGCUGCCCCUAUCUCUAGCAGGACUCGCCGUGCCAUGCAGAUGUCUACCCACCCGGUUCACCGGUACGAGACUCCUGAAGAGGAAGAUGAAUUGCUUGAUGAGGUGUUGCACUCUGCCAGCAAGGCGGCUAGACGCCUGGCUCUGACUCAGUCAAUGGCUGCCGACUCGCACAGUGGUGUUCACCGGCAACCAGACAACUCGCGUACACUGCAAAACCCCUAUCCUACACCGUCACCCACGGCAAAGGACAGUGCUACGUUUGGUCAACACUCGACACCUAGCAAGUUGAACAUUCACAAGAUUGAUCCCGCUGCCACAAACCGCCAUUGGCCCACCCCCCCUUACGAGGAGGCCGAGUAUCACAACAAGAAAUCCGACUACUUCGCCCGGGGAUCCAACUACAUCUAA